UGGUCAUGCACAAAGACAAGGACGAUGCAGCUGGUCUUCAUCGGCCGAGGGAUCUCACCGCUUUUGAUCACACCCCCCUUGAUGGAGAAAUGUUUCUUCAGGCACUUAACGGGUUCCUUAUGAUAUUAACCUGCGAUGGAGAAGUUUUCUUCGCAACACAUAGUAUAGAAGGUUAUUUAGGAUUUCAUCAGUCGGACAUUGUCCACCAAUCAGUAUACGAAUUGGUCCACUCAGAGGACAGGGAAGAAUUGCAGCGACAACUGAUGUGGAAUUCGUUUCUUCCUCCAGAGUCAGCCAACAUGGGUCUUCAAGAUGUUCUCUUGCCAGAAAAUUGCCAUUUGUUAGAAAGAAGUUUCACCGUGCGCUUCCGAUGUCUUCUAGACAAUACUUCCGGUUUCUUGCGUUUGGACAUCAGAGGCAGGGUCAAGGUCCUCCACGGUCAGAACCGUAAGUCCGAGGAGCCGCCCCUUGGUCUGUUCGCGAUCUGCACCCCGUUUGGGCCCCCCUCGCUUCUGGAAAUCCCCCAGAAGGAAGUCAUGUUCAAGAGCAAACACAAAUUAGAUUUAUCGUUAGUUUCUAUGGAUCAGAGGGGAAAGAUGUUGCUAGGUUAUUCAGAUUCGGAGCUGGCUAGUUUGGGAGGAUAUGAUUUGGUGCACUAUGAUGACCUAGCUUAUGUUGCCAGUGCUCAUCAAGAACUUUUGAAAACAGGAGCCUCCGGUAUGAUCGCCUACCGGUUUCAAACCAAAGACGGGCAGUGGCAAUGGCUGCAAACAAGUUCGAGAUUGGUUUACAAAAACUCCAAGCCAGAUUUUGUCAUCAGCACACAUAGACCUUUAAUGGAAGAGGAAGGUCGCGACCUCCUUGGCAAGCGCACAAUGGACUUCAAAGUGAGUUACCUGGACGCCGGUCUUCCGAACAACUACUUCUCCGAAACCGACCAGCUGGUCACCAACUCUUCCGGCAUCGGUCAGCACUCGAUACCCACCACGCCGACCAGAGUGAACCGGAGGUACAAAACGCAGCUGCGGGAUUUCCUCUCGACCUGCAGGACGAAACGCAAGCUCUCCUCCAGCGGUCAAGUGACGCCUCCGGCCAACUCCGUCACGACGGCAGCCGUCGUCAGUCCCAUGCCGACGGUGGACUACAUCACCUCCGACGCUGCGUACAACAUGUACUCGACGCCGUAUCCGACGGCGACAGCCGACCACAGCUUGUCAUACAUGAGCCACUCGAACUUCCAACACAGCCUGUACCCUGCACCCUCGGCCCUGGAUAACCGCUACCUCACCACCACGGAGAACCUGUUCCACCAGUACAGACCUCUGGGGACGUACUAUCCAGACUACCACCAUUCGCCCACCACUAGCCCGUACGUGGGGAACGGCUUUCUGGAGAUGUCCUCCAGGUCCGCGGUUCCCACUUACGAUCCUUCAGCAACAACAGCAGGCCACCACGCCACAUACAGAGCCGCCGUGAUGCCGGUGGACGAGAAGAUCUACUCCUGUCAGCAGGUGGGGCAGCCCACCUACGUGGACACCUCCCGCAGCUACGUCGUGCCCAACUCCACCAAAUGCCUGGACGUUACCUGGCCGUACUCCGUGAGUCCUUCCUCGGGCAUCAUCCAGCCCAUCCAGGUCAUGAGCGCGCAACUGGACAUCGGUCACAAGGAAUGCGGGAAAAUCAAGCACGGCUCCUCUUCCCCAGGGCUGAUCACCCCCAAGAUGGAGGAGAUCAAGGAGAUCCACCAGUCGGAGAGCCCCACCCAUCAUAUUCCCCAGAACUCGGUCACGCCGCAGCAUUUUUCCCCGGUUAGCACGUCGGAGAUGCCUCGGCAAACCGUCCUGAUGUGGGGGUCAAACCACUUGCACUCAUCUCCAACGCAGACCACAAGAUCACCUGAGAUCCAGCACCAGUACGUGCCGGUUUCGGAGGGCUGUGAAGCCUUGAAAAGCCUCGCAGAGAUCAGCAAUCCCGAGAUGUGCAAGUGGAACGGGGAGGACAGUAAGGUGGAAAACGUGGUGCAGAACAGUGACAGUGACAGUCCGCAUCAGCAUCACCAGAACCACCACAACCAUCACAAUUCUAGGGUGGUCAUGGUGCUAUGAUGAACGUGUUUUGCUGGCCGCAGCCGGUUCUUUGUAUAUAGCUAUACAUACUUUUAAUAAAUUGCACAUUGAUUAAAAUUUCACGAGGUUUGGUAGAUGUCACGACUGAGGUUGCGAUGAAGGGGAUCACUGCUUGGAAAUAAUUUUAAAUUACAAAUGUUGAAGUUAUCGAAAUCAAAGCAAAGUUUGAUUCAGGAUGAAAUGAGAAUAGAUCAACAAAAUUUGCCUGCUUGUCUCAUUCAGAGUAAAAUAUCCAGUUUAUUUUGUACAAAACAUAAAAAAUUGAUACAUGGGAGUGAUUCAGUUGAAUUACAAUUUCUAUCUGUCCAAAUACAAAAAGGCAGCAAUGAUAUCUUAUUCUCAUAUGUUGUCAAAACAGAAACCUGCGAGUUUUACCCCUAAACUAUUUGACACACUUGGUACCGUAAAAUACUAUACUCAGUGUAUUCAAUUUGAUAUUUUUAUUAGUUUGUUUACACAAAGAACAAGCUCUUUAAAUAAACUGUCUUAUACAACGAAACGAGAGCCCAAAAACAAAGCAGUUAUGAUCGCUGCUUCCACUCGUCUUCAGUGGUGGUGUUAUCACUAUCAUUAGUUCACAAUUACUGACCUGUGUUCAGUUCUCUUGCCGGUCUUUUUUUAUUUUAAUUCUCCCAUACAAUUUUCAACCACCGGGGACCACGUGACUGGUGCGCUUGGCUAGGUGGUCUGCCUCGUUGAAGUGGAAAAAUCUUAAAUUUCCCGCUGCUGCAUGCGGUAGCUUCUGAUUUGUCGACGGGCUGAUGACAAAAAGUGGAGGAAUGGGGUUGGUCUCAACUGGGACCACUCCUACUCGAGCGACAAUAACCUGUUUUUUACUGCAGCUUUCACUGCAAGGCAACUAACUAAAACCACAGCUGUCUGGUCUGGUGUUGACUUGCAAUGCAUGACAGAAGACGAAUCUCGUAGGUGGUCAAUAUCGAAGCUUUGCUUUGCAACUGAUCGCAUUGGGAAACCUCGGUUAACUUUGAUAUUCGAGGAUUGAGUUGUCUGUCGAUCAAAUAGAUGGCGUCUUCGUAAGGGGAGAUGUCAUCCUCUCACUUGAAACACUUAAUUCUGGAUCGUUAGUAACAAAAUCUUUCUUUCGCGUGGAUGUAGCAGUAACUUAGUUCACAGUAUUAUAUUAUUUUUUUCUAAUUGAUUCGACCGUUACUUGCUGAAGAUCCAUAGUGAUAUAUUUUUCAAAUAAAGUUUGUGGAGUUGAAAUCGUGAGGUGAAGUUUAUGCAAUUACUUGUUUUUUGUAUGCUCCUCUCCCCGAAACAAAAUUCAAUAUUUGCAGCAAAGUGCAAAAUAAUCUGAAGAAGUUUGUUCGCUGUUUUUUGUUCGAACCUUGUAUAUCUCGCACCCUCAGUCGUGAUUUCCACCACUAAUUCAAAAACAUAUCUUCCUGCAUUGUGUUUUUGUUGUCAUUGUCUUCGAACUUGAAAUCAUUACAUAGUGUAUGUACAUUUACUAUAGAUAUAUAAAGUUUAUAUUUUAUUUUUGAUAUUUUUCCGUUGAGCUAUUUCAAAUGCUUAAGCUAAGUUCUUGAAGCAGCUUUGGUUGGGAAGUUUUAUUAUAUACAGUCUCUAUGAAUUUUUUCAAAAUGUAUGAGUGAACUCACUUACUUUGGCUAGGAAUCGCACGCUGAAAAGGUGAGACCUCGUUAAUCCUAAGCUCGCAUAAGUUUUGACUUCCGAGAGGUGUCGUUCAUAGGGGGGCGACAGCUGGUUGACGGAAAAACUGAUUUCCAACUUAUUUUGGCUUACUAGCAUUGCUAGAUAAAUGUGUUAUCUUUCAUUGUGUCAUGAAUCAUAAUUCAUAUCCUAUAAAUGACUACCUGCCAUGAUACCUAUUGUUUACCCGUUUUCUUCUGUAAUUAUUACAUAAGAGAGUAAACAACGGGCUAUUUGGAAGGAGACUCUUGUCGCUGUUUAUAGAUCCCAUUUUACAUUUUUUGAUUUCUAAACUUUCAAAGGCGUAUAAAAGACUUUUGUCAUUUGUGGUCGGUCUCAACAAUGUCAAGCAUCUCUCACUUAUUAUAUGGCCAUUCAGUAAGGCAAGUUGAGCGACAGCAGACUUCUCGGGUCUAUGAGAAACAUGUUCCUUGUGACGAGUUUUUAUAGCCCGCUCAGUUUGACCAACGUUAUUCAGGUCGCAAUCCCAGACUUUUCCUUCUUGGUCUCCCUAUCUUUUGGAUUGCCUGAUACUUGUUGAAAUGUACGAGCGAUCUUCAAAGUGACUUUCAUGUUUAACUUUUCAAAAGUUCAGACCGAUGACAUUAUUUCAUCUGUGGUGAGAGUUUUCACCUUUUUUGGUAUACAACCAUCGAAUUUGCUUUUCAAAAGUGCACAUAAUUCUGAAUAAAGUUCUAUAUUAACGUCAUGGCUGAUGGGAACUGUACUUCUCAGCAUCAAAUUUGUUUCCAAAUCGAGGACGAUCUAAUUUUCAGCUAACUUGGAAAAAUGUGCUAGAGAAACGUUCAUUCUUUCGCCAAUUCUUGAAAAUCGUAUAUGAAGAUUCAUAUUUUUCUCUUAAUUUAUUUGGUAACAGACCUGCAGUACACUCUUUUCCACCUUCCAAAUCCAUGAACACUAUAUUUUCAAAACAAGAACUAUCAAUUCAAUGAUUAGCUUUUUGACGUUCGAGAACAAUUUUGAAGUGAUUAAUUUCCCAUAAAUAGGUUGUUCACGUUAAGAAGAGAAUGACGUCAUUUUUGGUAAUUUUGUAUAUCCAACAUAACAAC